UGCUCCUUUCCAAGAUGGCGGCGGAGGGAGGAGGGAAGGAGAUGAACGAGAUUAAGACCCAGUUUACUACCCGCGAGGGGCUCUACAAGCUCCUGAGCCACUCGGAGUACAGCCGGCCCAACCGGGUGCCUUUCAAUUCGCAGGGCUCCAACCCCGUUCGUGUCUCCUUCGUCAACGUCAACGACCAGAGUGGCAAUGGGGACCGGCUCUGCUUCAAUGUGGGCCGGGAGCUUUACUUCUACAUUUACAAGGGGGUCCGCAAGGCUGCUGAUUUGAGUAAACCAAUAGAUAAAAGAAUAUACAAAGGAACGCAACCUACAUGUCAUGACUUCAAUCACUUAACAGCCACAGCAGAAAGUGUUUCUCUUCUAGUGGGCUUCUCUGCAGGACAGGUGCAGCUAAUAGAUCCUAUUAAAAAAGAAACUAGCAAGCUAUUUAAUGAAGAAAGGCUAAUAGACAAGUCCAGAGUAACUUGUGUAAAAUGGGUGCCUGGUUCAGAAAGUCUCUUCCUAGUAGCUCAUUCCAGUGGCAAUAUGUACUUAUAUAAUGUAGAACACAACUGUGGUACCACAGCUCCACACUAUCAGCUACUUAAACAAGGAGAAAGUUUUGCAGUCCAUACGUGCAAAAGCAAAUCUACACGAAACCCUUUACUUAAAUGGACAGUAGGUGAAGGUGCCCUAAAUGAAUUUGGUUUUUCUCCAGAUGGAAAAUUCUUGGCAUGUGUAAGUCAGGAUGGCUUUCUUCGUGUAUUUAACUUUGAUUCAGUUGAGUUGCAUGGUACAAUGAAAAGCUACUUUGGAGGACUGCUGUGCGCAUGUUGGAGUCCAGAUGGAAAAUAUAUUGUAACAGGUGGAGAAGAUGAUUUGGUGACUGUCUGGUCUUUUGUGGACUGUCGAGUGAUAGCUAGAGGCCAUGGACACAAAUCAUGGGUCAGUGUUGUGGCCUUUGAUCCAUAUACAACCAGUGUAGAAGAAAAUGAUCCAAUGGAAUUCAGCGGCAGUGAUGAGGACUUCCAAGACCUCCUCCAUUUUGGACGAGAUCGAGCAAAUAGUACGCAGUCAAGAUUAUCAAAAAGGAACUCUACAGAGAGUCGCCCUGUAAGUGUAACAUAUAGGUUUGGUUCAGUAGGUCAGGACACACAGCUAUGUUUAUGGGAUCUAACAGAAGACAUCCUCUUCCCACACCAGCCCCUCUCAAGAGCAAGGACACAUACAAAUGUCAUGACUGCCACAAGUCCCCCCACAGGAAGUGGUGGAGCUAACCCAGGAAGUAAUGGAAAUAGCAUCACAACACCUGGAAACUCUGUACCCCCUCCUCUUCCACGUUCCAAUAGCCUUCCACAUUCUGCAGUUUCCAAUUCUGGCAGCAAAAGCAGUGUCAUGGAUGGUGCCAUUGCCUCUGGUGUUAGUAAGUUUGCAACCUUAUCAUUACAUGACCGGAAGGAAAAACACCAUGAAAAAGAUCAUAAGCGAAAUCAUAGUAUGGGACAUAUAUCUAGUAAGAGCAGUGACAAACUGAAUCUAGUUACUAAAACCAAAACAGACCCAGCAAAAACUUUGGGAACGCCUCUGUGCCCCAGAAUGGAAGAUGUUCCUUUGUUAGAGCCUCUUAUCUGUAAAAAGAUAGCACAUGAAAGACUGACUGUGUUAAUUUUUCUUGAAGACUGUAUAGUCACUGCUUGUCAGGAGGGAUUUAUUUGCACAUGGGCAAGGCCUGGUAAAGUGGGUGUUUUGCCAUCCCAAAACCAGGCCAAUUCUCCAAGUGGAACUGUAGUAUAGCCAUCACACUCCUCCUAGCAAACCUUUGAACACAGAACAAGAAGUAAUGACAAUGGAACCAGGAGCUGCUGUUCAGCCAGAGAGCAUCACAAAUUCUUAAAAGGCAGAGUGUUAUGUGAAUCACAUAGUGUUUUACAAAAUAAUUCUGUAAUGAGUUAUAUUUUUACAUCUAAUACUUUGAGGCUGCUCACCUAAGGAAGAAUUUUGCUUAAAAAUGCUUCUUUUGGUGCUACAAUUAAAAAUAGCAAUUGCUUUAUAUUUCUCAGUGUAAUUUAAUCACAUACCUACAUCCACACACAUCCACACGUGUAAAAUAAAAUAUUUCUUAAAUCCAAGUAAGUUUAAUGGUGUUAUAAAUUAGAAUAUUACUGUUGAGUUUUUUCUUUGCACUGCUUUUUUAAAAUCGGAGAUGGUUAACCUGAAAAGCUCUCAUGGGAAAUUAAAGUCAUUACUUUCUGGCUUCACAAAUGUAAUUCAGAAAGAUGGAUGCUACAAUCAUAGGUUUUUCUAAAAAGAUUGUUUGCACUUAAAUAGCGUAAUGCUAGUGGAUAAUUAAUUUUAAAUUGGGUGUUUGGGCACCCUCUAAAGUUAUGUUAUAAAGAAAUAAAUCCUUUGUAUCAAACAUUUUAUUUUAAUAAUGUUUCAACUACAGUCAACCUGUAUUAUAUAUGUAAAUAAUGUAAUUCAGUGAUUGGGAAAAUCAUUACACUAGUAAUUUUAAUCAUUUAAGGAAGUGGUAUUUCUAAUUCAGAAAAUACAUAUUAUUAAACUAUCUUGAAUAUGCAGUUUUGUUUACUUUCUGUUUAAAUCACCUUUGAUGUAACUUUUUGAAUGUAAUAUUUUUGGUAUGAUAUGAUUUAAAUUCUUGUAGAAGAUGUUAUUUCUGAAAAACACUCAGGUCAGACUUAGGAGAUAUUUAAUUGGGCUUUUGUUAGUAGGUGUUAUUUUCCUGCAUUUUAUUCUAAAUGGCUUUUCCUCAGUAUGGUUUAGAACACUACAAAGUUCUUAAGCCUAGUUUUUAAAAUAUAUGUUAAUUAACAGUGGUAGUCACCAUUUUCAUGCAUUGGGACACUAUAAUUUAAUAUCUGUUAAUGUGAUUAGAAACACUAAAAUGUUUAUUUAAAAUUAUUGUAACAACAAUAGGUUGCCACUGUAGAAUAAUGUGCCAAAGUACAUAGUUCUCCUGUUUCAAUUAAAAAUGGAUGCCUUGUUGGAGGAUAAAUAUGAGAGUCUACAUAAUUAAAUUGCUGCUUGGUUAGUUACUAUUAAACUAAUGUUGAACACGCUGAAAUCUGAAGAAUCCCCUUCAGUUUUUUUUCUUGAAGAAAACGCUGUCUGCUUGAUACUAGAAUUAUGUGGCCGAGGAUUCCUCUCUGGAAAUUAGAUCAAGAGGUAGAAAUUCCCAGAUUCUUGUCAAAAUUGUAUCAGCAUUUCAGCCAUUAUGUAGGACUGCAGCCUCAGGAUUCAUAUAGGGGAAAAAAAAGCAGAGAUUGCAUUGCAACCAUUCAGUGCUGCUUUCUUCACAUCCUUCCUCCCACCCCUGCCAGCUCUUAUCAAAAGCUCUGAUGUUGGGUUUUUUUUCCCUUGGACUGAUUAUUUGAUGGCAGUUCUGAAGCAGAAGAACUGGGGAAGCAAAUAGCUUACUGAAUUGUGGUUGCAACGUAGUGUCUCCUCACUUUCUGGAUAUGGAAAGAAAACGCUGAGUACUAAAGGCUAUAAUUCACAGAACACUUUUUGAUAAAUAAUGUUCUAUUUCAAGGUUGUAGAUUUUAUGUAUAUGAAUGUUUGUGCAGAUAAUCCUGCUAUUUGCUGGAUUUCCACAGUUCCAUAUUUUUAACCCUGCCCCUUACACUCUUUGAAACAAGAGUUUCAGUAGUAUCUGCAAUACAUUACCAUCCAUUGCAUUGCAUAUAAGCCCUUUGACAUACUCCAAAGUGCUUUUGGGCUUAUAGUAAAUACUUUUAAAAUCAGUUCGAAAUAACUAAAUAGUGUUGGGCUAUUUUUGACUGCAUAAUACAAACCGCUAGUGAAAGCACAGAAUAAAAGUGCCGUUUUAACUACUGUGCAUUGGCAGGUUUAAGAUCUUAGGCAAGACAUUUUUUAUGCCUUAAGAACAAAUCAUAGCUUGCUUCACAGUUUGAUAAGCCUUAAACAUGAAUUAUAUAUUAUAAUAACUGGAUUCAUACAUCAUGCUAAGCCAAAACUACAUAAGCCAUAUUAUGGCUCAGCACAGUGUGUGAACCAGCUGCUUAAAACCCAAAAUUUGGAUUUAACUGUGAACACAAUGUUUCUCUCCACAGAAGGCAUUUCAUCCUGUGGAGGCAGAAGGGGCUGCUUUUGCUGAGUCUGUCUCUGCAAAAAUGUAUUUGGGGGAGGGCAGUCAUCACAGAAUUGCUUCUUCCCUUUCUGCUGCUGUGAGCCAACUCUGGAAAUCGGUAU